CCAGAUGAGCCCUCUCUCGGAACCGCUCGUCCACAAUUUGCCGCUCCAGUCUCGCGUCGAGUCCCGUCGGCGCAUCUUUUCGGGGCUCGUUCCCUCGUUGCUCCUCCGAUUCUCGUCGCCGCAGCGUGUCGCGUCAAGUGACCCCCGAAGAACUCAUUCUUCCCACCGAUUAAUCGACCGCGCUCGCCCCGAAAUCGAUCUCACUUAAAUCGCGAUUCUCGAUCUGAUCGAUCGAGUCCGAACUUCUUCGACGCCGUCCGGGCGCAGCCUCUUCUCGGGGUGUAAAGACCCCCCCGUUCGACGAGGAAACCCGCGACCGACGCGAUCGAGGGGACACGUGGGUGGAUCGGGAUUUUAAGUGCUCCUGGUGAUACUGUGGAUUAUUGGUAGCUCGUCGUGGAGUUAUGUUGAUGGUUUCGUUGACAGGCUUGCGCGAUCGUGAAACAACCGAGCACCCGUCGGAUCGAGAACCAUGAUCGAGGCUGCGAUCGUGGUGGCGAUCGCGGAGCAUCGUUGCUGAAUCGUCCCGAGCCCUCUGGAGUGCUCGCGUUCCAGGAUCGAUCGGGGAUCAUGCGCGUGCAACGAGCCGUCAUCGAUCGCGCGACGGACUAACGAAUAAUCGUGGCUCGUUGAUUCCGGACCGUGGAAAAGCAGGCUGUUGUCGUUCGAUCCGCGGGAACCGAUCGGGAUCGGGAGAAAAUGCCGAAGUCCGGGGAUCUGUUGUUCGCCGGUGUGUGGCUGUUGCUGCUCGUUCUCCGAGGAGCCUCGACCACGGGACAACGAAACACCACCAGCCCCGGCCAGGAUCUGGAUAACACCUUGCAGUCGGUACCACCUCUCGGGCCGAACGUAUGCAGGUCAAGGUACAAGAAUUAUUGUUGCCCCGGCUGGUCAAAGAAGACGGAGACCGGGCUCUGCGUGAUCCCUGUAUGCACAAGACGAUGCGGCUCGGCUGGCAGAUGCAUCAGGCCAAAUAUUUGCUUGUGCGAGGGUGGCAGCGUGGCCUCCUUUUGUCCAAGUAGUCAAACCAAAGUUUCCACACACGAAAACGGCAACGCGAUAGACAGGGGAGAAUCCAGCAGAUGCAGGGUGCACUGUAUAAAUGGCAACUGCGUGGAUGGAAGGUGUCAAUGUCGUCCUGGAUAUCAAGGAGAGUUCUGCAACGAACCGAUCUGUCGAGAGCCCUGCCUGAACCAAGGAAGAUGCAUCGGGAUCGAUCGCUGCGCUUGCAUCUACGGUUACACCGGAAGACGGUGCGAGACAGAUUACAGAACCGGUCCAUGUUACACCAAAGUGAAGAACGGACAGUGUCUGGCGAAUCUUCAGGGUGUUGUCUGCACGAGACAACUGUGCUGCGCGACUGUUGGCAAGGGUUGGGGCCAUCCCUGCGAAAGAUGUCCCGCCAGACUGGACUGCGAGCUGGGACAUUUGAAGACCAACCAAGGCCAGUGCGUCGACAUCAACGAAUGCGAGGCUAUACCAGGAUUAUGCGAGGGUGGCAAGUGCGUGAACACGCUCGGCUCGUUCACCUGUGAGUGCCCUGACGGCCAGGCUAGAGAUCUUGAAACCAACGCGUGCAAGGACAGAGACGAAUGCCAGGAGGAAGGAAUCUGUGCCGACGGGAGGUGCAUAAACACGAACGGUGGCUACUACUGCAUGUGCAAUCCUGGAUUCAUUCAGAGUCAGGAUCGAAGAUACUGCAUUGACGGAAGGCAAGGACUGUGCUACACGGCGGUGAACAGAAACGGCGAAUGCAGGAGUCGUUUGUCGAUGCGUUUGAGCAAAAAAGAUUGCUGUUGCGGCAAGAACAUGGGACGAGGCUGGGGCGACGAGUGCUAUAUUUGCCCUAAUCCCGGAAGUGGCGAUUACAACCGGCUCUGUUUGCAACAACUGCAGCCGAUCACAGCGAUAAACGAGUGCGCGCUGCGUCCGGACAUUUGCGGAAACGGGAAGUGCAUCGACACGAACGACGGAUACGAGUGUGACUGUUAUUCAGGAUUCACCAAGAAGGCCGGCCGAUGCGAGGACAUCGACGAAUGUCUGUUGGGAUACUGUCAGGGUGGCACUUGCCAAAAUUACGAGGGCUCCUUCACCUGCCAGUGCCCACCGGGAUUCGUCGUUUCCGGCGAGGGAAGAUAUUGCACUGACCACGACGAGUGCCAAGACACAGGCAUGUGCAACAACGGCCGCUGCAUCAACAUGAAUGGAUCGUUCAACUGCAAGUGCAACGACGGCUACGUGUUGUCGCCUACCAGGAACACUUGCAUCGACAUCAACGAGUGCGCGGACAAUCCGAGAAUAUGUCUGAACGGCAGAUGCGAGAACACACCGGGAUCGUAUCACUGCAUUUGUCAAUCAGGAUUCACUGCCUCGCGGGACAAUACGUUCUGCGUGGAUAUGGAUGAAUGUUCGACCAGUGGGAUGUGUGAAAAUGGAAAGUGCGUGAACAUGGAAGGGUCUUUCAAAUGCGUUUGCGACUCUGGCUUCCGAAUUGGACCGGACCAAAGUCACUGCAUUGAUAUUGACGAGUGUCUGAGCGGACCGUGCCAAAAUGGCCGCUGCAUCAACACCCCGGGCAGCUUCCGGUGCGAGUGUCACCCUGGAUUCAAUCUGGGACCGGAUGGAAGGUCCUGCUUAGAUACCAGAAGGGACCUGUGCUACUCGCAGUACAGAGACGGCCAAUGUUCGAAUCCCACGUCCACAGCCGUAACGAAAUCGAGUUGCUGCUGUUGCACUGUGAUCCUAGGACAACCCAUGGGCUGGGGAAGCACCUGUCAAGCAUGUCCACUGCCAAAUACCAGCGAAUUCGAUGCUCUGUGCCCUCAUGGCGCGGGGAUGACUUACAACGGAGACGACAUCAACGAGUGCGCACAGAAUCCUAACAUCUGUGUGAACGGGGGUUGCGAGAAUCUCAUGGGAACUUAUCGGUGUAUCUGCGACAGUGGUUACGAAGUGGACGCUACGGGGAAAAUCUGCACAGAUAUCAACGAAUGCGAGCUCGAAGAGUCACUAUGCAGCAGUGGACAGUGCCGAAAUACACCGGGCAGCUUCCAGUGCAUUUGUCCGAGUGGUACCAGGUACAAUAAUGAAAAUCAUGUGUGCGAGGACAUCGACGAAUGCGAAGAACUUGGUCCCGACGUCUGUUUGAACGGAAUCUGCGUGAACACACCGGGUUCGUACGAGUGCGAAUGCAGCUCUGGAUACGUCCUCGAUCACACCGGUCAUAUUUGCAUGGACAAUAGGAGAGGUAGCUGCUGGACAAAGAUGAUCGACGGUCGCUGCGAGUACAAUUUGCCUCGACUGGCACUGAAAUCGGAAUGCUGCUGUUCCGUGGGAGUUGCUUGGGGCAGUCCUUGCGAAAUUUGCGAUCACUCUCUGUGCGAGUGCAAAAGGGGAUACGCGAAAUUCGGGGGGAAGGAGUGCGUCGACGUCAACGAGUGCGAAUUGAACAGCGGCAUAUGCAAAGGCGGCGGCACCUGCGUCAACACCGUUGGAUCAUACCGUUGCGAGUGCCCUCCUGGAUUAACUUUGGACGCAACUCAUACCACCUGCGUGGACACAAGACAAGAGACCUGCUACAUGGAGUACCGUCACGGUCAAUGUGCGAACCCCAUAGAAGGUCAAUUUUCGAGGAGUCUCUGCUGUUGUUCAGUGGGCCGAGCAUGGGGCAGCGAAAGAUGCGAAUCCUGCCCUAAACCGGGCACCCAUGCUCACAACGAACUGUGUCCCAGAGGAGACGGUUUUACUGACAAACACGACAUCAACGAGUGCAUCGAGUUUCCUGGGAUGUGCUUGAACGGAAGAUGCAAGAACACGGUGGGCAGUUACAGUUGCAAAUGCAACCAAGGCUUUGCGUUGGAUGAGCAUGGUAUCAAGUGCAAUGACAUCGACGAGUGCGAGAUCAUGCAUGGGGUCUGCGGGAAUGGCACCUGCAGGAACACCCCUGGCAAUUUCCAGUGCGACUGUAAUUCUGGAUACCGAAGCAGCGACAUUAUGAAAAUAUGCAUGGACAUCAACGAAUGCGAGGAGACGCCAGGACUAUGUCGAGGCGGCACCUGCAUCAACACCGAGGGCAGCUUCGUAUGCCAGUGUCCUCCAGGCCACGAGCUAGGCCCUGACAAGCAGUCCUGCAAGGACAUCGACGAGUGCUCCAGAACAAGCGGAAUCUGUUCGAACGGCGUCUGCGAGAACAUGAUGGGAACGUACCAGUGCAUUUGCGACGAUGGCUACCAGCAAACUGGACUGAAGUCUCACUGCGAGGACAUAAACGAAUGCUCGAUGAAGAACGGUGGCUGCGAGGACAUUUGCUUGAACACCCCUGGCAGUUUCUCUUGCUCCUGCGGCACCGGUUUCGCCCUGAAUCUCGACGGCCGUUCCUGCGUGGACGUCGACGAGUGCAAAGAGAAUCCACGCAUCUGUAACGGAGGCAAAUGCAGCAACAUCCCUGGUGGCUAUAUAUGCAGCUGCACGGAUGGAUUAUUACCCGGCAAGGAUGGCGCAUCCUGUGUAGACGUCGACGAAUGCACCACACAGCCGAACAUCUGCGGUUAUGGCGAAUGUUACAACACCGUCGGUUCCUUCAACUGUCGUUGCGAGGAAGGAUACUCCGUGAAACCGGAAGCAAGUCCUGGCUGCACCGACGACGACGAGUGUCUAUUGAACGCGUACUCCUGCAGCGAGUUCGCAGAUUGUCGGAACACUCACGGUUCCUACGAAUGCACCUGCCACGAGGGCUUCGUCGGAAAUGGCGUCGAAUGUAGAGACAUCAACGAGUGUCUCACCAACAAUGGCGGCUGCGACUCUAAUGCGCAGUGCAUCAACACCGAGGGAUCUUUCAAAUGUGUGUGCGACGCGGGGUUCAGAGGCGACGGCUACGACUGCAAGGACAUCGACGAGUGCGAAAACGACAACAGCCUCUGCGAAAACGGCCACUGCCUCAACUACCCCGGCUCCUUCCGGUGUGAAUGCGAGAUGGGCUUCAUGCACCCGGACGAGAACAACGAGCAAACCUGCGUCGACAUAAACGAGUGCGAGAUGUUCAGCAAUCUGUGCGUGUUCGGCAGAUGCGAGAACAUCUUCGGCAUGUUCCGUUGCGAGUGCAACGACGGCUACACGCUGGACGGAUCCGGCGGCAACUGCACCGACAUCGACGAGUGCGAAAACCCACAGUCCUGCCAGUAUGGCACCUGCGUCAACACCCAGGGCAAGUACACGUGCAAGUGUCCGCCUAAUUACGAGCUGGUCGAAGCUGGGAACGCUUGCGUCGACAGGCGAGAAUCGUUCUGCUUCAUCGGCUUCGUACGAGGCACCGGAAAACCGCAGUGCAUCUUCGACGUGUCCACCUCGGUGACCAAAGCGACCUGUUGCUGCAGCAUCGGCAACGCUUGGGGAAACCGCUGCGAGGAAUGUCCUCAGAUUGGCACGAAGGAAUUCGACGAGUUGUGUCCCGGAGGAUACGGCUACAGACCCAAUCCGGUCACCGUGAUCCUGGAGGACAUCAACGAGUGCGAGGAGCACGAGAACAUCUGCCAAAAUGGCCACUGCACGAACACGUUCGGCAGCUUCAUGUGCUCCUGCAGCGAGGGAUUCAUCUUGGACGAGUCCAAGACCAACUGCAUCGACCUGGACGAGUGCGCACUGCAUCCACACAUCUGCGGCGUGGGAUACUGCAUCAACGAUCAGGGAAAGUACCAUUGCGAGUGCCCGGAGGGAUACAUGAUCAUGCCAGGAGGAAAGGAGUGCGUGGACAUGCGAAAGGAGUCUUGUUACCUGGACUACGAGGAUGGCAGGUGUGUCAAUCCUAUGAUGCAUUCGCAGACGAAAAUGUUGUGUUGCUGCUCCAUGGGGGCUGCUUGGGGGAGUCCUUGCGAGAGGUGUCCUGCUGAAAGGACACGUGAACAUGAGAUACUGUGCGGCAUGGUGCCAGGACAAAUCAAGAAUCCGAUCACUAAUCAUACCGAGGAGAUCGACGAAUGCGAACUGAUGCCAACGAUGUGCACUCAUGGUCGCUGCAUGAACACUCCUGGCAGCUUCGAGUGCCAGUGCGACCGGGGAUACGUCUACGACGAGGAUUCGCAUCAGUGUAUCGAUGAGAACGAGUGUCUGCAGGUGCCGAACCCUUGCAGCGGAAACGCGCAGUGCAUAAACAAGCAGGGCUACUUCGAGUGCAUCUGUCCGGCCGGGUACAAGCUCGGUCUCAGUCAACGAGAUUGCGUGGACAUCGACGAGUGCUACGAGAGAUCCGGCAUUUGCAACAACGGCGCCUGCAACAAUCUGCAAGGCAGCUUCCAGUGCAUCUGUCACACCGGCUUCGCUCUGACCAGGGACAGGGACAACUGCAUGGACAUCGACGAGUGUCAGCGCAACCCUAACAUCUGCAACAACGGAAGCUGCAUCAACGCUCUGGGAUCGUACAAGUGCAUCUGCUACCAGGGAUUCAAGCUGAGCCCUAACAAUGAUUGCGCCGAUAUCGACGAGUGUCGAAUCAUGCCAUUCUUGUGCCGUAACGGGAGAUGCAGAAACACAAUCGGUGCUUUCAAUUGCGAAUGCGCUGACGGCUAUGUGCUGGCACAGGAUGGCCAGCAUUGCAGAGACAUCGACGAGUGUCACGAGAUACCUGGACUCUGUCCAGCACCAGGGAAAUGCCAGAAUCUGAUGGGUUCCUACAUCUGCACCUGUCCGCCGGGUUACGAGCUGGACCACACAAGAAAAGCGUGCGUUGACAUCGACGAGUGCGUGGAGACGCCAGGUAUCUGCGAGAACGGUCGCUGUCUGAACACAGAAGGCGGCGUGAUCUGCGAGUGUCCAGUCGGCUACAAAUUAAGCGACAGACCUAACUCGAUGCGAUGCAUCGACGUGAGAGAAGAAUCCUGUUACGAUAGCUUCGUGCGAGGACGGUGCUCCUACCCCCGAAAGAGCGGGAUGACAAAGAAACAUUGUUGCUGCACCAUGGGCAAGGCUUGGGGAAGGUACUGCGAGCAGUGUCCUCCUGAGAACAGCGAGGAGUUCAGAAGACUGUGCCCCGAGGGUCCAGGCAGGGACGACACCGGAAUCGACCUGAACGAGUGUCUCGUCAUGCCGGAUGUCUGUUCCGGUGGCGAAUGUAUUAACACCGACGGCUCCUUCCGGUGCGAGUGUCCUUCAGGAUACGUCCUGGACGCCACCGGCAGACACUGCAUCGACAAUAACGAGUGUUUAGCUGUUCAGAACAUUUGCGGGAAUGGAACCUGUAUCAACAUUAACGGCGGCUUCGAGUGUUCUUGCAACGACGGAUUCACUCCCGGAGUGAACCAGGUCUGCGAGGACGUGAACGAGUGCCUGGAACUUGGCAACCAGUGCGCGUUCAGGUGCCACAAUGUACCUGGCUCCUUCAGGUGCAUUUGUCCUUAUGGAUACACGCUUGCUCCUGACGGACGACAUUGUAUAGACGUGGACGAGUGCGCGACACCAGCGAACAACUGCAAGUACCAGUGCAAGAAUUUAAUCGGCACGUUCAUGUGCAUCUGCCCACCUGGAUACCAGCAGAUAGGCAUGACAGACGAGUGCAAGGACGUCAACGAAUGCGCGAUCAACUCCGGUCUGUGUCGAAACGGUCGAUGCAUGAACACGGAAGGCAGUUAUCAGUGCCAUUGUUACGAGGGUUUCCAGCAGAGCGCUGAUGGAAAAUCUUGCAUAGAUCGUAGAGUAGGGUACUGUUUCCUGCAAACAAUCGGUGGAAGAUGCACUGCGAGGACUUCCGAUUUGAAGACGGUGACUAAGGCGGAUUGCUGUUGCACUAUGGGAACCGCUUGGGGUCCACAUUGCGAAAUUUGCCCCUCGAAGGACUCUGAUAACUAUAACGAGCUUUGCUUGGACAAAGGUUUCUCCGUGGAUGGACAAGAUAUCGACGAAUGCAGAACGAUCCCAGACUUGUGCAAGAACGGUUUGUGCAUCAACACGCUGGGCUCGUACAGAUGCGUUUGCAACAAGGGCUACAAGCCUGACAGAUCUGGAACUCAAUGUGUUGACAUAAACGAGUGCGAGUUGACCCCGAAGCCGUGCAAGUAUAAUUGCCAGAACACAGAGGGAGGCUUCACUUGUUCUUGUCCCGCUGGCUUCAUCCUCAAUCCUGAUGGCGUCAGCUGCAGGGACUUGGACGAAUGUUCCACUGGAAAUCACCUGUGUCAACAGAACUGCAUCAACACUCAGGGAAGCUAUACUUGCGGCUGCCAGGAGGGCUACAACCAGGAUGGCGACACUUGUCUUGACAUAAACGAGUGCGAACAGCCAGGAACGUGCCCCAAGCCAGGCACUUGCAUCAACACUCUCGGCAGUUUCCGGUGCAUAUGUCCUAGAGGGUUCAAGUUGGAUACAAGUGGCAGGUUCUGCAUCGAUCAGAACGAAUGUGCCGAUGACAGUACUUGUGAACACGGCUGUCAGAAUUAUAUGGGAAGCUAUCGUUGCGGGUGUCCCGACGGAUUCGUUCAGCAUCUUUUCUAUAAUCAGUGCAUCGACGAGAACGAGUGCAGUGGAUCUCCCUGUGGAGACAACACUUGCAUCAACACGAUUGGUAGCUUCAAGUGCGGCUGCCCCGAUGGUUAUCAGUUCGAUACUAAAUUGCAAAUUUGUGUGCAGGUGAGUGCAGGGUGCCUCGGCAGCCCCUGUGCAUUCGGAUGCACCCCGAAUGGCGCGAGCGGCUUCAUCUGCGGAUGUCCGUCGGGUUAUCAACGAAUCGGACAGGGCCAUUGCUUGUCGACCAUAAAUCCUCUAUCACAAGGACGUUACGGCGAAGACAUCAGCAAUGCUCCUACCUUCGUCAUCAAUCCGGAUCCUUAUCACAUACCGCUGGCGGAUAAUAAGACGAUAUCUACAGAAGGUUGCUUCUCUUGCAAGAUCAACGGCAACGGAAGACACAGAAGAGGCGCUCGAUUGAAUUCGAUGGAACAAAGUGAGAUCACGAAGAGGCGAUUCGCGGGGACUGCGAAGAGACACCAUCACGGCGAGGAAUACGUCCUCGAGAUCAGCUUGAUGCAGACGAGGCACCGAAUGAGAAUCGUGAAACUCCAGCCGGCUGUUAAGGACGAGAACAUCGAGUACACGAUAGCACACGGCGACAAGGACAACCACUUCCAAAUCGUGAAGGAGCACGGCGUCUGGGCCCUCCAUUUCCGCAGCAGGAUGAAGGAACCCGGCCACUUCCGGUUGGUCAUCCACGGCCGCUCGAGAAACGACACCACCGAGGAGAACGAAGUCUGGGAGAGGCCUCUCACGUUCAGGAUUCACUUGAUAGUGACCGAGUAACGCUUCGGACAGUAUGCUUCGGUUCGAAUUAGUCAAUUUCCACGUUUCCACGGUACGACCACCGAAACGACGCGAUCGAAACGGUGAACGAGAGUGUAAUAAUACGCUAGGCCGAGAGUAUUACGAACGAGAAAUGAUUCCGUUUCCGAGAAUUACGAUAAGUCCUACGGACGUAUGAAAUUUGUGUUCAGAAAUAUCGCCAGACUUGCGUCGUUCCACUGCCAAAUAAUUAUGUUUUUGUUCUUCUGUUUUAUAUAGAACGUAGCUGUGCAUGGUCGCGAUUCAUUCUCUAACACUGCCUUCGCCUUUGUUUUAUAAUUUUCUGGUUCUUAGAUACCGUAGAUCGAGCGUAGAUUAAUUGUUCUUGGCGUGGUCGAGGUCUCGCGACGCGAGUGUCGAAGAUUCCAUUUAACGAACGUUCUUUAAGAGCGUAAUUAAUUUUAGCAGCAUUGCUAAUGUUUAACAGCAUAAUUAAGAUUUGAUGGUAUUAAUAUUCAACGACAUAAUUUACGUUCAACAGCACAAGUAAUGUUCAACAGCAUAAUUAACGUCCCACAGCGAAUUAAUUAGUCGAUAAUACAUUUGACAUUCAACAGCAUAGUUAAUGUUCAACGACAUAAUUAAUGUUCAACAGCAUAAUUAACGUUCAACAGCGAAUCAAUUAGACAACGACAAAUUAAUAUUUAACAGCAGAAUGAAUGGUUAACAGCGUGAUCAACUGUUGAAAGCGUAUAUUGAGAAAGAUUUUCGUUUCUGAGACACUCUCGUCGAACAAGAACUCGGCGAACGCAAGGAUAUGUUUAAACAAUGUCUGCCAAAAGACGCACGGACAGUCGGUGCUGUCUCACCAAUCUCUCUGCCAUAAGAUACUGCCACCCCGUGCCACGCGGACCAUAACACGUAGAGUUAACACGCUAAGGAUGUACAAAAGGAAACGAAUUUUGUCUAUUAUGCCUAAGUGAAUGUACACACAGAUGUAGCUUUAUA